UAUUCCUGAAAAAAAAAAACAAAAAAGGUGUCAUUGGCAUUCAAAUUUGCAUUCCUAUUCGCAGUAGGGUUUUAAAUUGCCUUUUUCUUCAUCCCUGUCCACCUUCUUCUUCCCCAUAUGUAUAUAUUUUUUUUCGUCUGAUUUUUUCUUCUUCAACAUGGAUCUUCUGCAAAACUAUGGAGACCCAGAUCCAGAUAUCUCUCCAGAAUCAUCCCCACCCCGUGUCAUCCCUUCCAAAUCCUCAGCCCCAAAAGUAGACGAUACCCUCCUAGCUCUCACCGUCGCAAAUGCCCACCGAUCCGCUUCCAAACCCAUCGACCCGACCCAACAUGCCGUAACCUUCAACCCCAAAUACGACCAGCUCUGGACCCCUAUCUAUGGCCCUUCUCAUCCAUACGCCAAAGACGGCAUUGCCCAAGGCAUGCGAAACCACAAGCUCGGCUUCGUCGAGAACGCUUCCAUCGAACCCUUUGUGUUCGACGAGCAGUACAACACUUUCCACAAGUAUGGCUAUGCGGCCGACCCUUCUGCCUCUGCUGGGUACAACUAUGUGGGAGAUUUCGAUACCCUUCAGAAGAAUGAUGGUAUUUCUGUUUAUAAUAUCCCACAAAGCGAACAGAAAAAGAGGAAGAUUGAGAAGAAGAAGCAGAAGGAGAUGGAGAUGGAUGAGGAUGAGAAUGAAGAGGUUGAUACAGUUGAGGUUGAGAAUCCUGCAAGCGAUACUUGGUUGAUGAGGAACAGAAAGAGUCCAUGGGCUGGGAAAAAGGAAGGUUUGCAAACUGAGUUAACAGAGGAGCAGAAGAAGUAUGCUGAAGAGUAUGCAAAGAAGAAAGGUGAGGAGAGAGGUGGUGAGAAGGGAGAGAUUGUUGCUGAUAAGACUACUUUCCAUGGAAAAGAGGAGAGAGAUUAUCAGGGUAGGUCUUGGAUUUCUCCUCCAAAGGAUGCUAAGGCUACCAAUGAUCAUUGUUAUAUACCAAAAAGGUUGGUUCACACUUGGAGUGGGCAUACAAAGGGUGUUGCUGCAAUUAGAUUCUUCCCCAAACAUGGGCAUUUGAUUCUCUCUGCUGGGAUGGAUACUAAGGUAAAGAUUUGGGAUGUUUUCAAUACUGGUAAAUGUAUGAGAACUUAUAUGGGUCAUUCUAAAGCUGUUAGGGAUAUUUGUUUCUCUAAUGAUGGAACUAAGUUCUUGAGUGCUGGGUAUGAUAAGAAUAUUAAGUAUUGGGAUACUGAAACCGGGCAAGUCAUAUCGACUUUCUCGACGGGGAAGGUUCCUUAUGUGGUAAAACUUAACCCUGAUGAAGAUAAACAGAACAUUUUGUUGGCUGGAAUGAGUGACAAGAAGAUUGUUCAGUGGGAUAUGAACACUGGACAGAUUACACAAGAGUAUGAUCAGCAUUUAGGUGCUGUGAAUACCAUUACAUUUGUUGAUAAUAAUAGGAGGUUUGUUACUUCUAGUGAUGACAAAUCGCUUCGAGUUUGGGAGUUUGGUAUCCCUGUGGUUAUUAAGUAUAUUAGUGAGCCUCAUAUGCACUCUAUGCCAUCUAUUUCACUCCACCCCAAUGCGAAUUGGCUUGCUGCGCAGAGUAUGGACAAUCAGAUUCUUAUUUACAGUACCAGGGAGAAAUUUCAACUCAACAAGAAGAAGAGAUUUGCUGGGCAUGUUGUUGCUGGUUAUGCUUGUCAGGUCAAUUUCUCACCUGAUGGACGGUUUGUUAUGUCUGGAGAUGGUGAGGGUAAAUGUUGGUUUUGGGAUUGGAAGACUUGCAAAGUGUUCAGAACUCUCAAGUGUCAUGAGGGAGUAUGCAUUGGGGCUGAGUGGCAUCCAUUGGAGCAAAGUAAAGUAGCAACAUGCGGCUGGGAUGGCUUGAUCAAGUAUUGGGAUUAGCUGAUUAGCUGCUUAUAGCUCUACAUAGCGUGCAUUAUAUGAUCAGUCCCUCUGCAUUCAGGAAGAGAGAUAAGCUUUGUUUGGCUGCAGUUUAGUUCCAUAGGUGUAUCAUAUGAUCAAUCCAUCUAGAUUCAGGAAGAGAGAUGUAAACUAGGUCAGACGCAUACAUGUAUAACAUUGUUACCAGUGGCAAACCAACUGUUCUGCUGUUUUCUACCAGGAUCCAUGUUAUUUAGUUACUCUGAAAUUGUACUUUGUAAAAUAUUUUUCACAAGCUUUUAUGCUGGCAUUUUCUUAGACUGGGCAGUGUAACAGUUAGUUAAAUUUAUGUUCUUUUUCUUCUGCUUUUUGACA